UAGGGUUUUCUAUCGCUAGGGUUUUGUCUGCAAGCCGCUGCUCAAGUCUCCCACAGCGAAAAUGCCGUCGCACAAGACCUUCAUCAUCAAGAAGAAGCUGGGGAAGAAGAUGAGGCAGAACAGGCCCAUCCCUCACUGGAUCCGCAUGAGGACCGACAACACCAUCAGGUACAACGCUAAGCGCAGGCACUGGCGCCGCACCAAGCUUGGAUUCUAAGCUGGAUGGCUGCUGCUGCUGCUGCUGCUACUGGAUUCUAAGGUGGAUGGCUGCUGUUGCUGCUUCUGCUUUGGGAUUGGGCUUUUGCUCUUUUAAGAUUUUAAUUCGAGAGAGAUAGACUUGGUAAUCUUUUAUGUUUAAUCAAUUUGGGAACUUUGUGGUAGUCCCAUAGCAGAGAAUUUCGAUGAGAUUUGGUGAUGGAUUUGUAGUUUAAUCGUAUUUCAAGUAAUGGGUUAGACCCACCUUUGAAUCA